UGUGUGUAGAAAGGACAAUUUUGGUUUAUGAAAUACGAAUGAGAUGAAUACAAUAGCACGCAGUAUAAUCGACGUGAUGAGAUCACAGUCCAAGGUUCAAAUGGCGCUCUAUGGGAAAACCCACCAGUACUAUUACAAAUAAAGUAUCAAUUCAAGGCGCAGCGCCUAAUUUUGCAGAGUAGACACCAUUAAUGACGUUGCGUACGUUCAAAUUUGGGUAGAGAACCCAUGUUUAUAUUGUGACGUACACGUAUUCCCUAAUAAUCAGAACAUAUGUCGAGUUAGGCCUGCAGAUAUCAUGUUUAUAUCACCAUCAAGAUCGCAGGUAUACAAAUAUUAUUCAGGUAUACAACAAACUCUUCAUGAAACAUUUAAUCAGGAUUUAGUGCAGGCUGAAUUGCUUUCUCUAAUUUGUCACCGGUGCGCACAUCACUUCCAUGGCCGAGAAACAGGAAGAAGAGGACGUUCCGAUCUCUUCACAAGGCUUGACAUGUCCACUGUGUCUUGGUAUCUUCGAAGAUGCAACCCUCUUGACCUCUUGCGGACAUACCUUCUGUCGAACCUGUCUCAGGAAAUAUGACCUUUCCCACCAGGAUCUUGAUCACAUGGUCUGCCCUCUCUGCAGGGCGGUGACGAAGUUGUCCGCAAACCGGGUCGACGAUCUCCUCCCCAAUGUGACGGUCAACGGACUCGUGGACGAACACCGUGCCAGGUCUGGAGGGGCCAGUGCCAUCCUGGAGAUGCGGCAAAGGUGCACUGUCUGCAACCACCAGGUAGAGGCCAUCGCUUUCUGCAGUACGUGCGAUGCAUACAUGUGUGAUCAAUGCUGCGUUGGCCACAAACAACUGAAGCUGUUCUUCGAAGGUCAUGAGAUUGUAUCUAUCCAGGAUAUCGUUGAGGGACAUUCUAAACCUGGUUGCUCCUCCGAGAAAUGUUCCGUCCACAGACAAGAGAACAAACAUAUUUUCUGUCAGAAUUGUAAGAUACGCGUCUGUUUCAAGUGCGUCAUCAUCGAUCAUCGAGAUCACAAGAUACAAUCACAUGAGGACUUCGAAAAGGAAAUGCAGGUUAAGGUGAGUGAUCUUCUCCAUCGUUGUACAGCAAAGCAAUCAGAACUGGAGAAGAACAUUCAGACUGUGGAGACACAUCGUCAUGAAGCACACAGUGCUCUUCAGCUACUACGUGAAGAUGUCAGCCAAGCCUGUCAUACCAAGGUCAAGCAACUAGAAGAUAACCGAGGUGUACUCGUUGAGAAAAUCGAUGCUCUGGAGCGUAGUUUUGAUGAAGCCCUCAACGUUGUCAAAUCGAAUGAUGAACAGAUGAUCAAGAGCAUUUGCAGUUCGGUAGAUCUUGUGGCUAAUGCUAGACUGGGAUGUCUUGAGGCGGACAGUCUGGUUGCUCACACAUUCCUUUGCGAAGAGAUCGAUGGCUUGCUAAAGGAGGUUAUUGAUCAAACCUCUACAGCAACCAUACGGGAGAAGGCACAGAAGCAGAUAUUCAAGCCUGCAGAUGACACCAGUCUUGACCUUGGGGAUAUCUCAGAAACAGAUGCUGAGGCUGCACUGGAUGACAUGCUGAAGGGUGCUUCCGAUGACACUUCUGCAGCAACCAUAGGGGAGGAAGCCCAGAUUGCAGAAGAGGAUAUCACGACAGGGCUAUCCGUUCCACAGUCUAAAAGUCAACCGAAAGUCUGUGUCAUUAAGUGUGUAGAUCUACCUGAAGAUUUUGAGGCGAUGACAAAAUACACUAAUAACUCAGUGGCAAUCACAUAUUAUUAUGCACAUUACAUUAAUAUCUUUAAUUCAGAUGAAAAUGUACCUAGGAAAUAUUCCAACAUUCCACACGAUAUGAAAUGUUUUGAUCUUGUCUUUCAAAGUGACAUGACUCUAUGUGUAUCUACAGGUAAAACAAAGGUACACAGGUAUUCUCGAAAUGGCGCUCGGAAAUCUACCACCGAAGUGAGAAGCAAUGGACAUUUUGUAAGGUUGAGUAGGAGUCAAUCAGAUGAAAUUCUCAUGACUCAACAUUCAAACUAUGUCUUCAUUUACGACCCCUCUGGAAAAAAACUCAUACACAAUGUGCCAACUACACACGAGAUCACUUACCAGACAUCUGCAACGAAGUCGGGUUUGAUCGUCACAAAUUGUUCUUUUAGGAAAACUAAAUACCCAAGGAUGGUGAUGGUGUAUGACAGAGAUGGGAAUUCCGGAAAGUAUCUACAAUCUCCACAGGGUGUCCACCUGUAUCACGCCGUGGACGAGCAGGACAGGGUGUAUGUAGCGAGUUUUGAUCAAAACACUGGACAAGUCCUGAUCAGGCUCUAUGAUCUUGAUGGUCUGAACCUGAAGGAGAGAGGACGGUUCAGUCCAUUGUACGUGAAAGUAGGCCAUGCAUUAUGUCGCAUGGUUUCUCUCACUCCACAAACACUUGCGUUUGCUUCUUUAAAUAGACUCUAUUUCUUAGAAGUUAAAUUGUAAUUGGUCCAGAUUGAUUCCAUGGUACCUCUUAAGACAGACCCUUUUGGAUGUUACUGUAAGUCACAGGUUCAAUAUCAAGAGCGUCGCACAUAACCAUGCCAAUACAGACUUUCUUCACGUACUUCUAAAGAUAGUGGUAUAAUGAUUCGAUGACCUAAUGUCACGAAAUUGUAAGUGUUAUUAUAAAUACUAAUAAAUAAAUAUCAAAAAUAAUAGUUGGUUCUUGUACUGCGCUCAUGCCUGUCAAACCUGACACUCUUGGCGCUUUACAAUUAUUACCUCGGCUUGAGCUUGGCUGCCAUUAUGGCGCUCUAGCAUUUCAAGAACUUAAUUCCUGCCAUUUACCUCACCUGGGUCGAGUGUUGCAAAUGUUUAUAACGUCUUACAAAAGGUCAUUAGUGUCGUGGUGGGACUCGAACCCUGAGAUCCACAUGCAGUCUCAGUCACCAAUCGACUAGAUCACGACAUAUUCAAGUGGAAAAGAAGUACAAUAGUUGACGGACGAUGAAGAAACAUUAAUGAAUC